CUUGAAACAAAGAUCGACUGUAGAAUAUUCGAAAUCUACAAUAUGGCUGAGCAGUCAACACCAAUACAUAUCGCGGCCCCGGCAGCAGGACAGGUUCCAACGCAUACCUACAUACCUAACCAAGGGUACCAAAACCCCGCACCAUUUCAAGAUGCCCCGCCACAAACCCCAACUUCCGGUGAAAAUACUGAAUACGCGGCGGACAACGAAGACGAAACGUAUGACGAUCUUUUCGAAGAAGAGGAUGAGGAAUACUUUGAAGAUAUAGAAUAUGAUGGAUCAGCUGGCGACCUCACAAAAUCCUACAACCGCCAACGCAAACUCAACGAUCAGAAUGCCACAGCCCCUCGAAUAAAUCCUCAAAAGCCAGCUGCCAACACUAGAGCGAGUGUCGAUGACCAGAUUACGAGUCUCGCAAAACAUGCCGCGAAGAUACGACUAGAUGGCCCGGUGGAAAAGGACAAAAGCCAUGGGAAAGACAAAUCCGAUCGCGCGACCAGCGAGCAGGUCCUCGAUCCACGAACACGCAUGCUCCUGCUCCAGAUGAUAAACAGAGGCAUAGUUUCUGAGGUAAACGGCUGCCUGAGUACUGGAAAAGAAGCCAACGUUUACGGCGCUCUCUCAAUACCAGCACCAGACGACAAUAAUCCUGACCCUCUACCCAUCCACCGCGCCAUCAAAGUCUACAAGACAAGCAUCCUCGUCUUCAAAGACCGUGACCGGUAUGUCACCGGCGAACACCGUUUCCGAUCAGGCUAUAACAAGGGCAAUAAUCGGGCCAUGGUGAAAGUAUGGGCGGAGAAGGAAUUUCGAAACCUGAAACGACUCUAUCUGGCGGGCAUCCCAUGCCCGGAACCCGUGUACCUGCGUCUCCACGUCCUCGUCAUGGGAUUUCUAGGAGACAAAAAGGGCUGGGCUGCACCACGCCUGCGAGAUGUCGAACUUCAGGGCGAAGAUGUCGAUGAGCAAUGGCGCGUGCUCUACCUACAACUUCUCGGGCUCAUGAAACGCAUGUAUCAGACAUGCAGGCUCGUACAUGCAGAUCUGAGUGAAUACAACAUUCUGUACCACCAGAAGAAACUAUUCAUCAUUGAUGUUUCCCAGAGUGUUGAGCAUGACCAUCCUCGUUCACUAGAAUUUUUAAGGAUGGAUAUCAAAAAUGUGUCAGAUUUCUUUAGGAGGAAGAAUGUAGAUGUUCUUUCCGAGCAGGCGAUAUUCGGAUUCAUCACCUCGUACGACACACCGGUAUCAGAACCCGAGCUCUCCCAAUCACUGGAGAAGUUAUACCUCGAAAGGCCAGCAGAGAAGGAAGGCGAGGAAGCGGCUGCCGAACAGGAAGUCGAGAACGCAGUAUUCCGCAAGCAAUACAUACCGCAAACUUUAGAACAAGUUUACGAUUUUGAGCGUGACGCAAUAAAAGUAGGACAAGGCCAAAGAGAUGAUCUAGUGUAUAAGAAUCUACUAGCGGACAAGGUGCCGAUGAGUUCUGGGAACGAGGCAGAUGGAGAGGAGACUGGCGGUGUGAGUUUAGGAAGUGGGACAGAGAGUGAGGAAGAGAGUGAGGCAGAUGAUGAGAGUCGAUUUGAGAAGGGACCGCCAAGGGGGAAGAGAUUUGAAGACAAGGAUGCUAAAAAGGAGCAUAAGAAAGCGGUAAAGGAGGAGAAAAGAGAGAAGAGAAAAGAAAAGAUACCUAAGCAUAUCAAGAAGAAACUCGUGAGUGCUUCUGCUAGGCAUAAGCACUGAGUUUGAUGUGAAAUGAAUCAAAUUUCAAGCAUCUCAUCAAACUGUUACAACUGAAAUAUC